AGUCGACUUGUGAACGGAGGACAACAUGAAAAGGCACUACUGUAACCGCUGCGACUGAAACCGUCAUCAGAAGUGCAGUGUGACUGUUGUCAGCUUUUGGCUACCAAGGACGCGAUGGAGAUUGUGGACAUUUUGGCCAAGUACAGUCGUAGUGCCAAACCCGCCCCAGAUCCGUCAGCCCCGCUGCUGCCCCCCAUAGAUCAGUCCAACAACCACAUGCUACCGCUGUUGCCUUCCACACCACGACACGUGAAGUCCAAACCAUCUAAAGCCAAAGUGGCGGUGGUACCGCAUUACUUUACGCGGUCGCCUCGCCCGCCGCCAGGGUACGGGGGCAUGGAAGCGUCCAUAGCGACUUAUUCCGCUGUGGCAACAGACGUACCGCGAGGCGACAUUGAAAGCUGGCCGCUCAGGGCUAGUCACCGCGGCAAACCUCUACCUGACUCGGACCACGACACCAAACAACGGCGCCACAAGGACGACCAACGAGGCGGGCAGCCGUUAAAACCUGCGUUUUUGCAGCAAUUGGAGGCGUUUGUCGUCCGGGAAUUGAGUCUUCUUGGGGUCACCACUGCCACCACAUCCUCCCCCAACUCCCCGUCGCCAUCCCCGCGACUGGCUCGGUUGCAGGUGUUUCGGGAAUGCUUUGUCCGGCUGAUUGACGACUUUAAAACGUACAAACCGCUGUUACUGGCCAUCAAAGACGAGUAUGAAGGAUUGCUCGACAUGUAUGCGCUACGGGCAAGUAAGAUCCCCCAAUACGAAGCCACGAUUCGCACGAUGGAGCAAGAAGUCCACCAAGUCAUGGCCGAGCACAACCUAGUCAACACGAUGAAGGUCAAGGAGUGGAAACGGCAAUUGAAAACCACCCAAGCCACGUUAGCGGGCUACGCUGCCGCGAACGCAGCGUUGACCGACUCCACAACCAAACUCACGGCAGAAUUGAACGAAGCGUUGGCAAAGGUGGCCGAUCUUAUGGCUACCAAUCAAGCGCUGGUGCACACUAUGAAGCGUCAAGACGACCGCCAAAAAGAACACGAGUCGCAAAUGAGCGACUUGCACGGGACUGUGCACAGCCUCACAACAAAGUACUCGCGGGCCCAAGACGAAAUCCUCGAAUUGCGGAAUUCAAUCGUUACGUUGGAAGACAAGGCCGGUGGCGUCGACAUCAACGCCGACCGCCGCACGAUCGAGCACUUGACACGUGAAGUGCAGGAACUCAUGGCGUACCGUGUAGCCCAUGACAAACCCCCACAACCCAAGGGACCCUUGUUCGACGAAGCUUCGUUGGUGGCAAAAGUGAUGGCAGAGUGGCGUACUCAUCUUCCCGAGUGUAUUUUUACCUCGGACGCUGUGGACAUCACGACGAUCUCGGGGCUUGUUCAAGCUUGGAAAUCGAGCUACAACGCAGCUCGUCGACCUGUCUCGUCGUCGCCCAUCAAACCCACCACAGCAACUACCACAGCAACACCAGCAACGACCGCAUCAAUAGCAGCAAUCCGAGACAUCGCCCACAGCGUAUUUCUCACGGGCUUGCAAGACGAACGAAACGAAGGCGUGGAUACCCUCAUGCAGCCAGAAGCCAUCAUUGGCGACGUGUUUGUUGGAAAGGGAACAGGCGACGCAGUGCCCGACUACCUCCAUUACGAUGGUUAUAUUCGCAACAAGUUUUACUCAAAACGGGAUACUGAACGACUCAUCAGCGACAUAUGGCUGCAAAAGGCCACGACGGAAAAACUCACCGUUAGAGAUCACAAUAUCCACCCACCGCAGAGUACCAACCCUCGACGCACGGCCAACAGCAUCAGUGGCAACGGCACACGCCCAAGCAACACCCGCAAGCCCACGGUCACCCCCCCAUUAGCCCCCAGUGGCCCAACCCCGCCAUGCAUUACUAUUCCGCUACGGCAGUACUUUCACAGUUACUUGGCCAAGAAAUAUCCCAAUCGCACUGACGCUGUCGAAUGCGCGUACAAUCUGUGCGCGGCGCUGGAGCAGUAUCAGUACGACAGCGAAUGCCGUAUCUUCCAACUCAUUCUGGACGGGGAAAUCCCCGAAGAUGCCCGCGCCGACCAACUGCGAGUGGUGUAUGCCGUGUACGAAGCCUAUGUGGCGCUGGACAAGAACGAAUCGGACACGUCCAAACGAAAAGGGUAUGUCCAAGUGGGGGCUGCGCUACGAGAGCUGCAUAUUUUAUUUCCCUGGAAGAGCGAUGAGUCCAUGGCAGCAUUGAGUCGUGCGUUGCUUGUCGAGUCCAAGGGCCAACCGACUUUGAACUACACGACGCUAUUGGAACAAGAUCGCAACGGCAACCAAUCGUCGUUUUGCGAGUGCAUUCGCAACCAGCACUUGGACGAAUUGACGACGUUGAAGCGGUCGCUCCUCGUAAGCAGACAUGUUCUGACUUUUUUCAACGGAGUAUUAGAGUUGCUUGUUUGUGUUGUUAUUGUAGCACGAACUGCGCGUCGAAGAACGUCGCGCAGGACCAGACAACAAUGGCAUGCUCAGCCUGGACUCUGUCCGCCGCGUCAUUCGAAGGUGCGACCCGAGCCGACCCACCGCCGCCGUCAACGUCCUCAUGGCCGAGUGCACGGCCUUGCCGUUGGACCGAGUCGAGACGGAGACGGCCACGCUCGUGAACGCCCACGGUGUCCGCACUAAAUUGGUCAGCAUGCUAAUCAAACCCGCGGGCAAACUGCCAGUGUUGCCGUAAGAAAGGACGCACUAGACUAUAUAGACCCUUUCAAGGAAAUAUAGAAGUGAGCCCAUGAUGGAUCUGUGCCGAUGUGUAAUUGUACUCGACCACGAAA